AUGGCAAUGAACAAUGUCAAUCAAUUUUCUACUGGAGAAAACGGACAUGGUGCUGGUGUAAAACUACUACGGGGACCUACUAUUCCCGCUUUUGUAACGAAGACAUACCAUAUGGUGGAGGAUCCGAAUACGAACCCUAUCAUAUGCUGGAGUCCAUCUGGUACUAGUUUCGUUAUUUUGGAUCAUAUCAAAUUUAGCUCCGAGCUUCUACCCAAAUAUUUCAAGCAUACCAAUAUGUCAAGCUUCAUUUGUCAGCUCAAUAACUAUGGGUUCAAGAAGCUGAUUGGACUUCAAAAAUGGGAGUUUGAAAAUUAUUGGUUUCAAGCAGGGAAAAAAUACUUGUUGACUAACGUAAAGGGAAGAGGCAAAAAUCUGAAAGUCCAAAAAGAUUUUAGCCAAAAAACUUACUAUUACGGGGUAGAGGAAGAGUUGAGGAGCCAGAGAGAUCUCAACGAUACGUUGAAGUCAGAAAUCGAGAAGAUGAAGGAGAGACAAGAAGAUAUGGCUAAUGAAAUCACCACUUUGAAGGAAUACUUGGAGAAUUCACAGGCAGAGUCCAGGAAACUUCUCUGUUACGUUGCAAAAACAGUUAAACAAGUGAAGCGUGUUGUGGAACUUGUAAUCACGAGGAAACGAGCAGAGGAUACAACUGGAAGUAGCAAAAGCUCAUGGGAGAAGAUGGUGGAUGAUUUUUCAGCUAUUAAACAAGCACGCGAUACUUUGAAGAAGCCUAAGAUUGAGGAAGGAAAUGGAUGA